CGUUCAAGUCAUAAUACUUGGUCAACACGCGAUACUCUUGAGCUAACGCCGGGGGAAUCCGACCUAAGUGACGAACUCUCGAAUCAUGACCGCUUCUUCGUGAAUAAGUAUAUAUAUAUAUACACGUACUCCCUCUCAUUUAUUUGAUUACCACAUAACCAUAUCUCCUAUUUUCUUUCAAUAACCAAACCAAAAAAAAAGAACAGGAACUUUUUGUAAUACUUUGUCGGUACAACUUAAGAAGAGAAAAGUACGAUAAAAUGAGAAGAGUUAGUUGGUCUACUGUUUUGAUCGUGGUGUUGAUGGUGGCGUUGUUUGUGGUAGAACACGUGGUGGUUCCAGCUGCGGCGGGAAGGGUUCUAUCAGACAAAUCUGAUAACGGAAGUGCGAGGAUGACGGUGGAGCAGAUGAAGUCGACGGUGGAUUCGUGGUUUCAACGUCUGGCGUCCGGUCCGAGUCCAAGAGGCCGAGGCCAUUAAAUUACUUUCUUUCUUUUUUGGUUCUGGUUGGAGGAGAUUAAUGAAUCUCGAUA